AUGGCGCUCUCUAAACGAAUCCGUGACCGCGGAGGAGACCAUACUAAACUCAUCGAAAUUCCAUCAUGGAAAGUCAGGACCUACGCAGAACAUACCCGCAGCUACGAAAUCCGAGUUGCGGUUCAGGGACACCCACUAAACAACAAAUAUUACGCACUAUGUCCAGAUAUCGGCCAUCUCUUCCAUGCAUCCUAUCCUACUUGGUCCAUUCCAGUGCCCAAGGACGACGCCGAUCGACUUGCGCAUUGGGCCUCUUUUUCAAUCCCCAAGGAUGUGUUCCUCGUCUGGGCAGAGAAACACUCGAUGCCCGACAAGACGAGCUGGAAAGACAUCCGGGUGGAGACAUCAACGCAUUUGAUACUGGAUGCAAACGACCUGGAACGAUACAAGAUUGUGACGGCCGAGAAACUCAAAGAGCUUGUCUCCUUAUUCUUUGCAAAGCGCGUCGAACGGCAUACACGUAAGAAAAGUCGACGGCAUCAAUACAAGGCCCGGCAAUUGCUCUUGACGGUUAUGAUGGAACGAAAAUCGCAUGCAGCUCUCGGCACUCGGUACCCCGCGAAGCUCCGUAUCGAUAAUUGCUUGAUCUUUCAAGAUGACCCUUUUGGCCGGCCACUGGCAGCGAAUCGCUUUCGGGGUAUUCGGUUUGGACCGGGCAGGGGUGUCAAGCCGCUUGGUACAUCGGGCCGUGCGUGA